UCUUUGCAUUAUUUAAGAAGGUAAAGAAAAAAGCACUUAAAUAAAGGAGAAUAAUAUGCCAUCCUUCUACUACAAGCAUUACCAAAGAGAAAGCAUUUGGCAACUGCCACUUGUUAUGGCAACUGUCUUGUCACAGACCACCAUUAAAAAUCGAAGAAAAUUUCUGGGUUUUGCUGAACAGAUUGAAUCAGGAACUGGGUAGUUCUUAAAAUUAUUGAUUAUGGGAAGUAAUUAUGAGAAAGAAAAUGAGGAGCAAUUGAUAAAUUAUUAUGCUGAGAAUACUGUUUUUGUUGCUGUGGGGAAGAAUUUGAAUGAGAGUGAAUCUGUUCUGACAUGGGCUGUUCAGAAAUUUUCUGGGAAGAAGAGGAUUUGCAUCCUUCAUGUUCACCAACCUCACUUACUCACUUUUUUUGAUGGGAAGCUGUCAAUCAGCAAAUUCAAACAAAGAGCAGUAAAGGCACUCCAUGAAUCACAUAUGCAGAAACUUCAUAAACUCAUCAGUCAAUACGUUCUCUUUGUUUCUCAAAUGGGGGUGCGUGCGGAUAGGAUGUGGAUAGAAACGGAAAGUAUUGAAGACGGAAUAGUUAAGAUGAUUGCUCAGCACGGUAUCAAAUGGCUGGUUAUGGGAGCAGCAGCAGACAAACAUUACACAAGGGAAAUGGCAGUGUUGAAGUCCCAAAAGGCGAUAUUUGUCUAUGAACAAGCCCCGGUUUCCUGUCACAUAUGGUUUACUUGCAAAGGAAAGCUCAUCUGUACAAGGGAGCGUAUUGUAAAUGAUCCUGUGGUGUAUACGUCCGAGGCAACUGAAUCACAAAAUUCAAACUUGGACACCAAAGAGUCGGAUAAUACUACUAGAUUAGGUAGUGCUGGUGCAGAAUUUUCCUCUAAUCCACAACCAGUAGAUUUGAAUACUGUGACUAAAGAAGCAGAACAUCUGACAGAAGAAGCUCCUGAUAGACAAUCAUUGUAUUCAGAUGUUUCAACAGAAGAAUCUGAGUCAGAAUCUCUCGAAUCAGAUGUUUUAACUGAAGCAGAAGAAGCAGAACAUGUCAGAUUAAAUACUCUUGUUGCAGAUACACUGUCGUCAGAGCCGCAUGUUGUUGCCAAAGAACCGGGGCCCGUAAGAAUAGAUCGCAUGGCUGGUGAGAAUGGAUCGCCCCCCCGGUUGACAUUUCGAGAACGUGGGUCCAUUCUCCGUGCCUGUUCUGUUGAUUUCAGCUCAGAUUUUGAGAAACGUAUGGUGUUAUAUUCUCCAAAGAAUUGCAGUACUUCACAUGAUUGUAUUGACAUAGAGAAAGAAGACUAUCAAUCUGAGGGAAACUCGCAGUUGUCCGAAUUCCGUUCUUCAAUCAGAUCAGUGUCGUCCGAAGGCAAAAUGGCGGGAAAAGAUAAAUUGCAAGCGCCAAGAGAAACUCAUGGUAGACUGGAACAAGCCAUUUCAGAUGCUGAAAACUUGAAAAAAUUGGCAUUUCAUGAAUUAGUCAAGCGAUGGAAAGCUGAGGAGGAUGCCGUGGAUGCCAAGAGAAAGGCUGAUGCUGCAGAAAGUAAAUACAUCGAGCAGAUAAAACAGAGAAAAUCCACGGAACAAGCUCUGGUAAAACAAAAUCUCGAAUGUGAAAGUAUCAAAGAAGAAUAUGAGAAGUAUAUGAAAGAACUUCCAAUCAUCCAAGAUCAAUGUUUUGGCCUAAAAACCCAGAUAAGAGAAUCUGAAACUGCAGCUAAAGAAUUGGAGGAGAAGAUCAUUUCAGCUGUUGAGCUCUUGAUAUCUUUCAGGAACAAGAGGGAUCAGCUACAAACGGAGCGUGAUAAUGCUGUCAUAGAACGUAACAAUCUGAAGAAAUUGGAGCAAAGGAGAACUUCAGCAUUAUCGGGCUUACAAUUUUCAACGUUUUCCUUGGUCGAAGUUGGUGAAGCGACUUGUAGUUUCGACCCGAGUAAACGAAUUGGAGAUGGGAGAUAUGGAAGUGUUUAUAGAGCGAUCCUUCGACAUGUGCAUGUUGCUAUACAGAUGCUUCCGGAUGAUGGAUACUUGAGUCAGCAGAUGUUUGAACACGGGGUCGAAAUUCUAAGCAGAAUAAGACAUCGAAACAUAGCUACAAUCAUCGGUAUCUGUCCAGAAGCACGAUCCAUCAUUUACGAGUACCUUGAAAAAGGUAGUUUGGAAGAUCAACUAACAUGCAGGGGGAAAACCCCCCCUCUGCAAUGGCAAACUCGAGUUCACAUUGCAACAGAACUGUGCUCAACCUUGAUCUUCCUUCAUUCGAACAAUCCUCCAAUUUAUCAUGGAAAUUUGAAGCCCUCGAAAGUCCUUCUUGAUGCAAAUUUUACCAGCAAAAUUGGUGAUUUAGGCAUCUUCUUUUUAACCCCACAAAAUCAACACUCUAAUUCUGUGUAUAUAGACCCGGUAUUUCUCAAGACUGGAGUUCUUACUCGAGAUACAGAUGUGUAUUCAUUUGGGAUGAUAGUUUUACGACUUUUAACUGAUAGACCUGAUACUGAGAUUUUGAAGGAUGUUAAGUGUGCUUUACAGAAGGAUAAGUUUGAGUCAGUGUUGGAUUUUUCAGCUGGAGAUUGGCCGGUUAAUCAAGCAAGAACACUGGCUCGAAUGGCGUUACGGUGCUGUGAGAGGAAUUUGACUAAGAGACCGGAUUUGGGUUCGGAUAUCUGGAGUGUUCUUGAGCCGUUGAGGAAAUCGUGUGAUGCUCAAGCAUCAUCAUGCUUGCAGAAGAAGGAAAACAUCCGGCCUCCCUCCCACUUUGUGUGUCCAAUUUUUAAGGAAGUUAUGAAGGAUCCUUGCACAGCAGCAGACGGCUACACCUACGAAGAAGACGCGAUAAGAGGAUGGUUAGAAAGCGGGCAUACAACUUCACCCAUGACAAACCUGAAACUUCCAACCUGCAACCUAAUCCCGAAUCACACGCUUCAGUAUGCAAUCCAAGAAUGGCUGCAACGCUGCUCAUAAAUCGUACACAACUACACCAUUUCUAACCUUAUGUUGCACAUAAUAUUUCUCCCCAUACUUCUGUAGUUCUUUACCUGUCACACUUGCUCUAUAUACACCAAAAACCUUACACAAUCAAUAAUAACUAACAAGCCUAUGUGGAAUCCAAGAAUUACCCUAGUAUUUAUCUUUACAGUUACAUUUUCUUUUUAGAAGGUAAGAUAGAAGGACCCUACUGUACUGGUACCUCGCACAGGUAUUUCCAGCCAGCUUUGGAGCUUUACUGUUACAUAUUAUAGUUACUAACAUGAUGAUAUACUUGUAGUCCAGAUCAGACGAUAUUAGUGAAAUUGAGACUGGUAAUUAGGUAGGUUGAAGCUCCAUUUAUGUUAAAUCAGUGUAAUAGCUAGGUGAUUAGGGAUUCAAAUGAUUGGAUUAACUAUCUCAAAGGGGUUUGAAUGGUUUGAUGAGGAGCUUUAACAUCUUUGAUGUGAUUACUAUUGUAUUAUCCAUGACAGGAGUUUUCUACUGUAUUAUCCAUGAUACUGUCAGUUUUCUGCUGCAUUAUCCAUGAUACUGUCCGUUUUCUGCUGUAUUAUCCAUGAUACUGUCAGUUUUCUGCUGUA